GCUGGCUCUCCUCGUCGACCAGCAGCCAGUACUCGCAUUCCCGCAGCCCCUCCUUCGAGGGACUGGCCGAGCUCCCCACCGAGGGCUCCCGACUGGAGCACCACACCCGCGGCCGGCCCCGGCCCCCCCGCUGCAUCCCCCUGGGGCCCCGCCAGAACGCUCGGACACAGGGGUCCAUUGAGCCCCAGCGACAGGAGAAUGGGACGGUGCCGCGACUGGAUGAGGGGCUGGAGGAAUUUUUUAGCAGGCGAGUCCUCACGGAUAACACCAGCUAUCCACGGACCCCCAGAGGCUACGGGGUGAGACCAGGCCCCUCAGACGCGCUGCCCCCCAUGCAGAAGAAGAGGCGAAAGGGGCUUUUCCAUUUUCGGAGGCAUCGGAGCCUCAAGGGGGAGAGGGAGGUUGAAGACACCGUGCGGGGGGCCCCCCACAGCUCCCCCGGCACCCCCCAGGGGACAGCAGAUGAGCCCAAGGCACCAAUGCAGAGUUCAGCCAGCCUGGAUGAGGGGGAGGGGCAGGAACCCCGUGGAAUGGGAAUUCCCCUCCCCGGGAUGGGGGGCAGCGGAGGAAGAGGGGUGAAGGGGCUGCCCCCCAGAGGGAAGCAGGGUCCCACUGCGGAUCGUUCCCCCAACCCUGUGAGGGCGGAGUCAGAUUCUUCGGAGGCGGAGCUACUGCAGCCCUCCCGAGUCCACGGCAUCGCCCUGCCCGGAAUGGGGCGGAGCCUGGAUGGGAAGAAAGAGGGGGCAGAGCUGCAAAGGGCGGGCAGCCUACGGGAUCGAGAGAGGAGGAGGUCCUCAGAUGACUCAGAGAAAGGGAGCUGGAGACCUCAGCCUCCCCCUCAGAGCUCCAAGCCGACAUUUGCCACCAUUCGAAGGGCUGAGGCCAGCUGGGAUAUUGCGGAAGAGAGCUCCCAGCUGGACCGGGAGGGGAUGGAUGUCUCCAGCGGGGCCCCCAGAGUGCAGAUGGGGGAGAAGCCCCCAAGCCCCAGCUUCCCGGCAUCUGGAAAGCAGGCCAGGGAGCCGCCAUCCGGCCCCCGCCCCCUCAAGCCAGUAGCCGUCCCCCGUGGCCGAAAGCCCCCGACUCAGCCGGAGAGGAGCCAGAACAGCGAGGAGGGGGCAGGUGGGGCCGGCCCCACCGAGAUUCGGACCUCCCCCCCUGUCGCCCGCCCCCGACCAGACCACUUGGAACCAGAAGGGGGCUCUGAGGGGGGGCGGAAGGCGACCCCCCUGAAGCCCCAGCGAACGCGCCGGGCGCAGUCCUGUGACAAGCUGGAGUCAGAUCGAGGUCGAGAUCCUGGAGCCAGAGGUGCCACUAACGCCCCCCUGCCGGACCCCCCUCCGCCCCCACCCUCAGAGCAGCAUCAGCCCCUUCGGAAACCCCGUCUCCCCAUCUCCCGGCCUUUCCUCUCCGUGGACCAGACUGGGG